AUGUCAACAGUUUUGUUCAGAAAAGUUUAUUUAUUUAAGUUUACAAGCACCAUAAUGAAGCGAUUCCUGACAAGCGAUGAACCUUCAACGUCCAAAAAAGCAAAAACUGAAGAUUUUUUAGAAGAAAUCCAGAAUAAUCGAUUAAAAACAGCAGAAAGUAUUGUAGAGUUUAAAUUUAAUAAGAAGCGUAUAAAGAUCCUUAACAAGUAUGAUGAAGUUCCUGAGAGCAAUAGUGAAGGAGGAAUUUGUUACUGGAUGGCUCGAGAUCAACGAGUUCAGGAUAAUUGGGCUAUGCUGUUCACACAGAAGCUUGCUUUGAAGAAUAAGUUACCAAUGCAUGUUGUAUUCUGCUUAACAGACAAGUUUAUGGAUGCUACAUUGAGGCAUUACAAAUUUAUGCUGGAUGGAUUAGAGGAAGUUUCACUGGAUCUAAAGAAAUUAAGUAUUAAUUUCCAUCUAUUAAUUGGAGAACAUAAGAAGGAAAUACCAAAAUUUGUUAAAGACUUCAAAAUUGGUGCUCUUGUUUGUGAUUUUUCGCCCUUAAGGAUCCAUCGUGAAUGGGUCGAAAAGAUUAAGAAGGAAUUGCCAUCAAAAGUGCCAUUUAUUCAAGUUGAUGCUCAUAAUAUUGUUCCAAUAUGGAUUGCUUCUGAUAAACAGGAAUAUGCAGCACGGACAAUUCGUAAUAAAAUUAAUAGCAAGCUCGGAGAUUAUUUGACUGAAUUUCCACCAGUAAUUAAACAUCCCUAUAAGCCAGAAGAUUCAUUGCGUCCAGAGCCAAUUGAUUGGGAAGAGCUUUUAGAAUCAUUAAAAAUUGAUAGAUCUGUGGAACCUGUUGACUGGAUUAAGCCUGGAUACAAAAAUAGUAUAGAAAUGCUUGAAUCAUUCAUAAUGAAAAGAUUAAAACACUUUGGAGACAAGAGAAAUGACCCGACCUUAAGUGUUUUGUCAAAUUUGUCUCCUUACUUCCAUUAUGGUCAAAUAGCUGUGCAACGCUCCAUCAUUGAAGUAAAGAAAUACAAGAGUUCAGCUUCUGCCAGUGUUGAUGCGUUUUGUGAGGAGGCUAUUGUGCGUAGAGAACUUAGUGAUAACUUUUGCUUCUACAAUCCCAAUUACGAUAAUCUCAAAGGAAUCACAGAUUGGGCCAUGAAGACUUUAAAUGAUCAUCGUAAAGACAAACGAGAUUAUGUUUAUACACGUAAAGAGUUUGAAGAAGCUAAAACUCAUGAUGAUUUAUGGAAUAGUGCACAAAUUCAAAUGACAAAGGAAGGCAAAAUGCACGGAUUUUUGCGAAUGUAUUGGGCAAAAAAGAUUUUAGAAUGGACGGCAUCGCCAGAAGAAGGUCUUGAAACAGCAAUUUAUUUAAAUGAUCGUUUUAAUCUUGAUGGCAGAGAUCCAAACGGGUUUGUUGGCUGCAUGUGGAGCAUUGGUGGAAUUCACGAUCAGGGCUGGGGCGAGAGAAAGAUCUUUGGAAAGAUUCGAUUCAUGAAUUAUGAUGGAUGCAAACGAAAGUUUGACAUCAAAAAGUUCAUCGCUCGAUAUGGUGGAGUUGUUCAUCACAAAAAGAAAUAG